AUGAAACAAAAAACUUCAUCUAACGCCUCGCGAAAAUUAAAAAUUAUUGUACCUGGGGAUUCACCACCGCAAAUCCAAGGCUCGCCGCAUUUGGAACGUCUGAAACCCUAUGGUGAUGUUGUUCUCUACACCGACCGACCCGAAACCCCCGAAGCGCAAAUUCGCCGUGCCGAAGAUGCAGAUAUCCUCAUCAAUUCGCGCGGACUCGUCAAAUGGCCCGCGGAGAUCCUAUGUCAACUGCCCAAGCUCAAGUUGAUUUCGCUCUGCUCUAUCGGCACCGAUAUGAUUGGACUUGAUGAAGCGAAAAAACGUGGAAUUACCGUUUGCAAUCAACCCGGACGUACCGCUCCAGUUGUGGCAGAACACGGGUUUGGACUGAUGUUCGCGCUCGCCAAACGGGCGGCGUUUCUGACAAUGUCUAUGAAGGCAGGUGGAUGGCCCCGUAUGGAUAACAUCUACCUUCAAGGGAAAACUUUGGGAAUUAUAGGCACUGGGCAUAUCGGAGCAGAGAUGGCACGCCUUGGACGGGCGAUCGGGAUGAACGUUAUCGCGUGGACGUAUCACCCUUCAGCGGCACGCGCAGAGGCGUUGGGGGUUCAGUUUGUUUCUCUCGAUGAACUGCUCCGCACGGCUGAUGUUGUGAGUCUGCACGUCAGACUGACUGAGGAGAGCCACCACCUCAUCGGGGAACGUGAACUCGGUUUGAUGAAGCAGGACGCGCUCCUAAUCAACGUCGCACGUGGCGGUGUGGUUGAUACAGAUGCGUUGGCUUCGGCUUUGAAUAGUGGACACCUCGGUGGUGCCGCUAUUGAUGUCUAUGAUCAGGAACCACCUCCGGCGAACCACCCACUUUUGGAAUGCGAGCAGGUAAUUUUGACCCCACAUUGUGCCGAUAUGACCCCUGAAGGCGUUGAACUUCUUAACGAGGGCGCGGUGGACAAUAUCAUCGCUUUUCUGGAAGGCACACCACAGAACAUAGUUGUUUGA